AUGGCAAUGCUACACCGUGCAUUAUUCACCUGGUUCCUCCUCCUGGUCUUUCUCAUCUUGCUUGCACUCCGGCUUGACCUCAGAACCCAAUGGAAUUGGUUCAUUGUCUUUAUCCCUAUGUGGUUCUAUGAUGCACUUCUUCUCAUAUACAUCAGCAUCCACAUGAUCAAUGAAUGCCGCACGGCUGUUGGAGUAUCAGGGGGCUCUCACCACCGCACGGCCAGGCAGCGUCUCUCAGCCAUCCUGAAACGGGUCUGGCCCCUGCUGGCUGUCAUUCUCAAAAUGGCAUUCAUGGUGGCCCUGUGCCUAAAGCAGAAUCACGAGACGACGAGAAUUACAUCUUACCACGUUCUGUUGCCGCUGUGGAUUCUCCUGCUGGGUCUGUGCAUUAAUGUCCUGCAUUGCUUAGUGUUGCAGCACCAAGAUCGGUUUCCAUGA